UCACAUUGAUACUAGUGGCGUUAAAUGUAAGAUGGCCGGUCUAUCAUAGAAUAAUUAAUUGGUGUUGUUUAAUAUUUUUUGCAUAACAAUAAAUAAUAAUCAUUGGUUUAAAACACUUAAUGACCAUAAAUAUAUUAGAUCUCUUCUCAACUUAAAAGGUUAUUUUAGUAGAAAUGUCGUGGAUUGGUAAAGGAAUCACGUCCCUAACUUCGUCAAUUAAAUUUUGGGCUCCACAAGUAACUCAGGUCAGACACACUCGUUAUCACUACUGGAAAGAAAGACGUGAAAACGGACCAGUUCUCCGUAGAUUUGGAUAUGAUGAUCCAGUAGAUGCUCGGGGACUUUUACCUCGAGAAGAUACACGUCCAAUACGACAGUUACCUAUUUAUCGGCCUAGAAAUGUUUGGGCUCCAAGACGAGCUUUGUUUGGUCAAAAUGAUUACAUUGACAUUCUAGGCAAUGAUAAUCUUCAUCCAACAAGAGUUUUGUAUAACGUUCCAUCUUGGUUAAGAGGUGUUAGAGGUGAUGAGUAUCAUGUCCUUCUUAGAAAAGAAAAAAUUUGGUCUAAAGGAAUCUUUCCUUUUGCAAGACCUGCAAGAUGGAGAGACAUUAAAAAGAGAAUCAAAUAUUUACAUAAAUUCUUAAAUAAUAAGACAAAAACAGGAUUGAAUAAUAGAUGGUAGAAACUUAGCACUUAAUAAUUGAUAUCUUUUUUUAUUUCAGUGAAUAGUUAUUAAUAAAAAUUAAAUUAUAUUGUGAAUACUUAUAUUGAUAAAUUAUAUUAUUAUACCAUGAGAAAAGAGAGAAAAAUGUUAUUGAUCA